CGGUUAGCGGAGAGCAACGGACCAGACUAUUCCCUGGAUCCGGAGACAUUCCGCCAAAUGUUUUAUGUUUACUAACUGUUUUUUGGUCUCUCACUUUACGUGGUGUCCUCUGGUGCCGUUAUUGUAGAUUAAAUGGUUCGCGUGACCUGAUUUGGUGAAUUGUCAUUGCUUCAUUCUAAGUCUUUUAGAACGUAAAUUUCAAUUUUAAUAUCAAACAUCUUAAGUUAGCUAGCCACGCCAGGAUAUACCCCCCGUGGCACGCCGUGCUGGCAGCACAAGUGCUUGAAUCUUGAUUGCAUUCUUGCACAUCUGCCGUGGGUUACGGCUGGUGCUAAAGAUAAACUGGGCUGUUUAGCAUCUGCAGUGAAACGACCCGCGGUACCGGGAAAGCCUCUGCACCGACAAAGCGUCCCCGGAACCCUUUGGAGGAGUGACGCUAACGGGAAGAACCACCGAAUGGAAAUGUGAUAUUUAUGCCCAGUGGAUUACUCAUCAUGCCUUUCGAAAUUAUGGAAUGAUUUUCCCUGCACAAAAUCAUGCGUGACGUCCAUGCUCUCACCUCUGGAUUUAUCUGACAGUUUUUAAAGAGCAGCAGUCACAAUUGGACGUGCGGGCUUAUGUUUUCUUCCAAUGUGCUUCCGGUGAAAGAUUAACUGUGUGUCUAUGCGGGCGGGAUAUGCUCAGAUACACUCCAACCCUAGCGUGAAUCUGUGCGAAGAAGCCCAAAGAAGGAAGUCCAGGACGGGAUAGGUUUUCAGACACUACCCGUUCCCAAAGAAACAUGGCCUCGGUUUGGAAGAGGCUGCAACGUGUGGGAAAGCACGCUUCCAAAUUUCAGUUUGUGGCUUCCUAUCAGGAACUGAUGGUGGAAUGCACUAAGAAAUGGCAACCAGACAAAUUGGUUGUGGUCUGGACACGCAGAAGUCGACGGAAAUCAUCUAAGGCCCACAGCUGGCAACCAGGCAUUAAAAAUCCUUAUAGAGGAGUGGUGGUGUGGCCCGUACCGGAGAACAUUGAGAUCACAGUCACCCUCUUUAAGGACCCCCAUGCAGAAGAAUUUGAGGACAAAGAGUGGACGUUUGUCAUUGAAAAUGAGUCUCCAUCUGGACGGAGGAAGGCCUUGGCCACCAGCAGCAUAAACAUGAAGCAGUACGCCAGUCCCAUGCCCACACAGACAGAUGUCAAGCUCAGGUUUAAGCCCCUGUCCAAGAAGGUGGUGUCCGCCACACUGCAGUUCUCACUGUCCUGCAUCUUCCUCCGUGAAGGAAAGGCCACGGAUGAGGAUAUGCAGAGCCUGGCCAGUUUGAUGAGCAUGAAACAGGCAGAUAUUGGCAACUUGGACGACUUUGAGGAAGAAAAUGAAGAGGACGAGGAGAACCGGGUUAACCAGGAGGAGAAGGCUGCCAAGAUCACAGAGAUAGUAAACCAGUUGAAUGCCCUCAGCUGCUUACAUGGGGAUGAUGAUGAUGAUGAUGAUGAUGGUGGUGUCCUUAAGCGAGCACGCAAAGCAACCGCUAAGCCUGCCGCUUCCUCCCAAGAACUAAUCAACAAGCUGAACUUCCUGGAAGACGAGGACCAGGAAACGCCUCCUGUCAUGAGCUCCAAUCCUUUCGAUGAGCCUGAUGGUGACCUUCAUCCUAACCACCUCAACCCGUUUGAUGAUCCUGAUGAGGAAGAGCCUCCUGUCCAGGCGGUUUUACAUCAGCAAAUAAAUGAUAAUUCCUUUUAUGACCAUGACUCCUCAAACCCGUUCAACGAGCCGGAUGAACCGGAGACAUGCGUGUCCCCAAGAAACCCCUUUGAAGAACCAGACGAUGAUAUGGACACACCACCAGACCCAGAGCCCCCGAAACCGAGGCCAAAGAAAGGUGUACGGCCUGUUGACAUGAGCAAGUACUUGUACGCUGAUACUUCUCACAAUGAGGAGGAGGAUCUUGACGAAUCCAACCCAUUUUACGAGCCAAGGACAUCAAGUCCUGCACAACCCAACGCUGGUGGUGCGUCCCUCGAUGUGGGAACCAGCCAGAAGAGGAGGGCUCCCCCACCCCCAGGUUCCAGCACUGGCCCUGGUCCCAGUGCACCCGAUCCCAAACCGUGCUCUGGCCCCGACAUGUUGAAAAUGCAGCCAGUCGGGCCCAGCCCAGUGGCAGCGCUGAUUGGCAGAGAGUUGGCCUCCUCUUCCCCAAAGCCCAGUCCCAUUCCGAGUCCAGUUCUAGGAGGGAAACCCAACGCCAGCCAGUCGCUGCUGGCCUGGUGCCGCGAGGUCACCAAGAACUACCGUGGCGUGAAGAUCACAAACUUCACCACGUCCUGGAGGAAUGGCCUGGCCUUCUGCGCCCUGCUGCACCACUUCAGGCCCGAUGUCAUAGACUACAAGUCGCUCAAUCCUCAGGAUAUUAAAGAAAACAACAAAAAGGCGUAUGAUGGUUUCGCCAGUCUGGGCAUCUCCCGUCUCCUGGAACCGUCUGAUAUGGUGCUGCUGGCUAUACCUGACAAGCUGACCGUAAUGACCUACCUGUACCAGAUCCGGGCCCACUUCUCUGGUCAGGAGCUCAAUGUGGUGCAGAUCGAGGCCAACAGCAGUCGCAGCACAUACAAAGUGGGCGACUUUGAAACCGAUACGAACGCCUCCAUCGGCCAGGACAAGUUCUACGCUGAACUCAGUGACGUGCAGCACCGCCAGGCUAAUUCUCAGCCUGUUGCCUCUGCUGGUGAAUCUAAUGGCGCUGAAGACCAAGAGGAGGCGGUGAUGGAGCCAGGUUGGACAACUGAAGCAGGAGGAGUUUCAGCCACUUCAAAAGGGGCUUUGCAAUCUUCACCUUCACCAUCACCACGCACAGUAUUAGCCAGCUCUGCAACAGGCUCGACCCACGUGACAGCACCGCGCUCGGAGGACAGAGGGAACCUGCUCAAAGCCAACACUUUAGACUUAAGUGAGUUACCACAGAGAGUGGAACGAGAGAUGGAGAAAGAAAGACAGCAGAAGGAGGAGACGGGAGAGGAGAGAACGGACGAAAGGACAGAACCUGGCUCUCCAACCAGGAAAGGGCCCUCUUCUCCACCCCACCACAAGCUGGGCUUCUCCUACAACAGGGAUGCGGACCUCAUCAAGAAGAAAAGGGCCAGUCUGCGUCACUCAGAGUCUGAGCCUGUCUCAGACACCAGCUCCCCUCCAGUCAACCACACAGAGCCGCCUCCGAAACAGGAGUUAUCACCUGCAGCUGUAUCAGCUGAGAAGAAGGUGCUGUCCCGUCAGGAGGAGCUGAAGGAACGAGCCCGGCUGCUCCUGGAGCAGGCCCGCAGAGAUGCUGCAGUCAAAGCCGGCAGCAAGAGCGCCGCUGCCGUGGCUGCGCCGAGCAGGGCAGCGGGCGUCAGUGAUGAGCGAGACGCGGAGCGGCGGAGACAGCUGAGAGAGCGAGCCAGGCAGCUGAUAGCUGAGGCUCGGUCCGGAGUCAAAAUGUCUGACAUGAGCCUGCUGGAUGCGUCCAGCACAGAGAGAAGCAGCAAGGCUGGUCCUGCUGGAGAUGUUUUGCAUGGAUCGAGGGGUCAUCAUGAGGGUGAUGUUGUUGAUGGUGAAAGUGGUGAGAAUGAGGAACAAAGCAGGACUGAGCAGGAGAAGCUUCAUUUUGGAGAUGUUGGGGAUGAUGGGGAUGAAGUCGAUGAUGAUAGAGCUGCUGCUGCUGCUACAUCUGUGCUGGUUACUAACCCACUGCCAUCAGAGGCCCUUCUUCCAAGCACUUCCAGUUCCCAUGGACCUCUGGAGCCCAUUAACCUCGACUCCACGGUCCUGGAGCAAAGCUCCCUGGGUUGCAACAGUAAACACGUUGGACUGAAGCUGAAGAAGCUGGUGGAGGUCAACCCCAGAGGAGUCACCUCCCCUUCAUCCCCGUCCUCCACCUCCUCCUCACCCACUGCCUCCUCCACCCCCCCACUCAGCCCUUCAGAGGGGGCAGCGAAUAACACGGAGGAGCUGCGAGCUGAGCGUCUGCGCAGAGCAACGGAGAAGUUGCGCGGUCCCGUCGUGUUCAACAAGGAUUCUGCAGUCAGGAAAACACAGCUGAAGUCCUUCAGCCAGUUUGUGGAAAGCAGACCUGAAGUGAAGAGACAGAAGUCCACACCUGGUGAUGUGAAGAAGGCAGAGGAGGACAGGUGUUCGCCCACAGAGAUCGAUGUUCGUAGACCAUUUGAAGAGGAGAAGGCGUUCAAAGACACCAGUCAGUAUGUGGUUGGGGAGCUGUCUGCGCUGGAGAGUGAGCAGAGGCACAUAGACGCCCGAGCAGCUCGUGUGGAGAAGAGGCUCCGCUAUCUCAUGGACACAGGCAACAACAAAGAGGAGGAGGAGGCCAUGAUGCAGGAGUGGUUCAUGCUGGUUAACAAGAAGAACGCGCUGAUCAGAAGACAGAACCAGCUCUCUCUGCUGGAGAAAGAGCACGAUCUGGAGCGACGCUUUGAACUGCUGAACAGAGAGCUGAGAGCCAUGCUGGCCAUCGAGGACUGGCAGAAGACGGAGGCGCAGAAGAGACGGGAGCAGCUGCUGCUGGAUGAGCUGGUCAUACUGGUCAACAAACGGGAUGCGCUGGUCCGGGACCUGGACGCCCAGGAAAAGCAAGCCGAGGAGGAGGACGAGCACCUGGAGCGGACGCUGGAGCAGAACAAAGGCAAGAUGGCCAAGAAGGAGGAGAAGUGUGUCCUUCAAUGAUUGUCACUUGAGAAAAACACAACAACAAAUGUAGCCGAUAAAAGAAAUGUAAGAUGAUGAUUGAAUAGUUGCUUUUAGACCUUUUCAUCAGUUUUAAAUCCUGGUCUUGUUGUUUUAGUCAAAUUAACUGCAGAGGCCCGUGAUGCCUUUACAGCAACUUUAUACUGACUCCAACUGUCAAACAGUUUUUACUUUUCAGUCUCCUUUGCUUCACCACGAACGGUACUUUAUUGUAGAAUCGUUGUAAAUGAGAGCGGAGCCGAUCAGACGCAGGUCGUUCGCUAACGACGCAGCGCGGCCUCUGAAUGUGGAGACGGCGGUUUGAGGCUCGAGGUACAGCACAGCGGGCUUCAGCGCGUGCGCCUUUUAUAUAUGUGUUUUUCCAACCUGUUCAGAUGAGGUUUGACUUUUAACAAUGAAAAGGAGUCAUUAUAAUAUCAGUCUUUUCAAGCUACUUCGUUACUUGACUGUGUAAGUUUUAAUUCGUUGAGCUUAAAGUUUUUACUUGUAAAAUAUGUUGCUAGAGGAGGCGUGGGGGGGCGGGUGGUGCAUUAAAUCGAAACUUUCCUAUUGCUUUUGUAUUGUCUUGGCUUGAAAGCAGUUUACCAAAAGAAAUAUGUAUAAAAAAGUUACUCUUGUUGUAUAUUUACAUCACUGCUCUGACCAAUAGCUUCCACAUCCCUCCUGUUUUGUCAGGAUUCAUGCAGUUAAACAAACAUAUAUAUUAUUUAUUGUCGUUUGUCCUUUAAGCUGCUUGUAAGUGAUCUGUCACGAUUCAUGUGUAUUUUGAUGAAUAACUUGUUUUGGUUUUAUCUAUUUAUUGUAUUCUGGUAACAGGAGAAAUAUGCUUCCACGUGCAUCUCUUUAAACUCACAUCUGGUGCAGUUGAUCUUUACGUGUGGACAUUUAUCUGUUUAUUUAUUCCGGUGUCAUAACCCAAGUCUUCAGUAAUAAAGUCCCCAUGAUUUCUUACACCGCA